AUGGAUUCAUAUGAAAAUACUAGUUCGAUACCAAAUUUAAAUGAGGAUUUUGCAGAGGUUAAUUACGACCAGUUAGAGGGAUCUCUGACACCCCCUCCCCUGGACCUUUACGGCGUUCUCAACGUUUCUCAAGAGGCUACUGAAGAAGAAAUCAAAGAUGCAUAUAAAAAAUUAUGUAGAACUUUUCACCCAGAUAAGCAUGUAAACCCAGAAAAUAAGAAAGCCGCAGAAACAAAAUUUCAAGUGAUUCAAAAAGCUUACGAAGGCAAUUUUCAAGCGCAUAAAUCACGCAAACAACAAUAUUCUUACAUUGUCUUUACUUGUUCAGUCCUUACGGAUCCAAAUAAGAGAAUUGUAUAUGAUAUGUUUGGUGAAGAAGGAUUAAGUACUUCUUGGGAGGUUGGACCUCGUUUGAAAACUCCACAAGAGCUUAGAGAAGAAUUCGAAAGACAAGCUAGAUUAAAAAAGCAACAAGAAGUCGAAAAUUUGGGUGAUAUUCAAUUAAGCAUUGACGCAACGCAGGCAUUUGAUCCUUAUGAUCGUCGACGGAAUCGUCUCUCCAUGAAUAACUUUUUUGAAAAUACUGAAAUAACACAACUUAAUAUGAAACACUCCUUUGAAACUCAAUUACGACCACAAACCCAAGUAGUGGUAAUUGGCCAAACUCUUCUACGUAAUGGAAUAGGUGGUGGUAAUAUUGUCGGGACAUUGCGGCAUUCAUUUUCGCCAAAAAUUUGGGCCGAAGUCGGAUCUUCUAUAGUUCAACCUAGAAUUAUGACCGCAAAGGCUUCAUAUAGUUCCAUUUAUUCUCCACCCAAUUUGGUUUUUACAGGUGGCCGCGUAUUAGGGAAAAACAUUACUGGGUAUCUUACUUAUAAAACUGGGGCAUGGUCGUUAGGUCCUUGGAGAGCAAAUGAAUUGAAUUAUCGACGCGAAAGGUCAGCAGUUUCUAUAAGUAUUAAUGGUUCCUAUGAAAGAUCAGGAUAUAAUUUUGAAAUACAGACUGGAAUUGCACAAUCCUAUAUUUCAUUACAUUAUAAUCACAAACUUUUUGACGAUUAUCUAGUCAAAACAUCAACUACAUUAUCGACUACUAGUGGGUUGACAUCAAUUUUAUUAGGUGAACGGAAAAUUACUGAAAAUACAAAAGCUUCAUUGGCAGUUGAAUGUGGAUUUCCUCAUGGAAUAACUUUUAAAUGCAGGUUAUCUCGAUUAGGACAAAGAAUCACUAUACCGAUUCUUGUCUCACCCGAAUUUAAUUACAAAAUAAUUUUUUGGGGAACCGUUCUUCCGAUUAUAACGAUAGCUGCUGUUGAGCAAAUCAUAUUAAUACCUAUGCGGCAAAGGAAAAAGGCCGAAAAAUUGGCAGCUUUACGGGAGCUUCAUGCCGAGCAUAUAGAAAAUCGUAAGAGAGAAGCUGCAGAAGCUAUUCGUCUCUUACUACCUUCAGUGGAACGCAAGACAGAGGUGGAGAGGGAAAAGGAUGGUCUAGUUAUUCUAGAAGCUUGGUACGGCAAUGUUUCAAGUUUAAAUGGAGAAGGGCUUUUAGAGGAAAAAAGUGACGUUAUUGAUGUUAAAAUACCAGUUCAAGCUCUUGUGCAUGAAUCACAAUUAACUAUUCCAGGAAGGUAUUCGAAGUCCAAUAUCAUGGGGUUUUACGAUCCAUGUAUGGGAGAACGCAAACAAUUAAAAAUCAGGUACCAAUUCCAACGCAAACUUCAUGAAGUCACAGUGGAUGAUACAUCUCCUGUUGCGUGCCCUUUAAGAUGUAAACGCUCAGAAAAGAACGAUAUCAUGUCAACAGAAAUAACCGCACCCACACCUUCUACUACCUUACAGCUUGAAGAAGUUGUAGAGGUGAAAAAACAAACAACAAGUGGUGUUAAAUCUUUUCUUGCGGGUGGGUUCGGUGGGGUUACAUGUGUUCUUGUUGGUCAACCAUUCGAUUUGAUCAAGGCAACUCCUGAAGGGGCAUAUACAGGAAUGGCUGAUGCAACAAGACAAAUCCUUGUUAAGGAUGGAAUACGUGGUUUGUACAGGGGUAUGGGGCCUCCAUUAGUGGGCAUCACACCAAUUUUCGCAAUAAGUUUUUGGUCUUACAACCUUGGUAAAAAGAUCGUCAUGUCGGUGAAUCCAAAUCGCACUUCUUCAGAGCUUAGCAUUGGAGAAAUUAUGAUUGCUGGCGGAUUGUCGGCAGGACCAACCACAUUGAUUAUGUCACCAGUUGAGCGAGUUAAAGUUUUAUUACAAAUUCAAGGUCAAGGAGGCGUGAAUAAAUACAAAGGACCAAUGGAUGUAGUGAGACAACUUUAUAAGGAAGGAGGGUUGAGCAGUAUUUAUCGUGGAGUUGGAGCUACAUUAGCACGGGAUGGUCCAGGAUCGGCUGUUUAUUACGGAGCAUAUGAGCUUACCAAAAGACUUUUGACGCCCGCAAAUGCUUCCCCUGACUCUUUGAACCCUGCAGCCAUUUUAUUUGCUGGUGGUAUGGCGGGAGUUGCUAUGUGGUCAAUUGCGAUUCCACCAGACGUUAUUAAAUCUCGAUUACAAACAGCUCCACCUGGUACCUAUAAAAAUGCUUUUGAUUGUUUGCGUAAAACGAUUGCGCAGGACGGUACAAAAGCAUUGUUCAAAGGUAUCGGACCAGCUUUAUUUAGAGCUUUUCCGGCUAAUGCGGCGACGUUUUUGGGUUAUGAAGCUAGUUUAAAGAUCAUGAAUAUGCUCUGGUAG